ACUGGAACGGAACCGGCCUGUUGCACUGGGAAACAAGCGGACAGGCAGCCGCUGUGACCUGAUGUGAUGCACGGCAACUGACGUGUGCAGGAUGGGCAACGGCGUCUCUCUCGGAGCACCGGGCGUGAUGUGUGCACGCUGAAGACGGCGCGUUCCUUGGGACACCAGACGAUGCACCAGACAAGGCGUGGCACGCUCGUCUCGCGGUCUGACCGACCUGGCAUGGAGGGACGGCCGGGCAAACCCAGAGUGGAUGGCGGGCGCGUGCGUUUCGCAGGAAUCGCGAGUGCUGCUGUCACGCCUCGCCAGGGCGCCGAAGGAGGUGUUGGGUCAGACGGGCGAGCGUGCAGCCCCGAGCCGUGCUGGUGCUCGUUCGGUGGCUUGUGGGCCUGCGCGCGCUGUGGAGGCAGGAGCGCGCUGCUGGCCAGGGAAGCCGUUCGCUCCUGCUGCCCAAUCAGCCGGCGCCCUGCUGCCCCGGCUGCCGGCUGCAUGCGGCCACCCCAGCCCCUGGGACCACUUCGAAGACGCACCUCCGUCUGCAUCUGCAUCCCCUCGAACGCAUCCCAGUCUCCUCACUUGGCCCACUCUGUCCCUCGCCCGAGGACUAAUUCUGCCUCCCUCCAGGCGGCUAAACACUUGCUGCCCUUGACCGCCUCGCCCGCCUCGUCUCCCACCAACACCUCGCCUCCCUGGUGUCCUGGCCCUAGCCCCAGCCCGCCCGCUACGAGUCGCACAUUUAGCACCGCCGACCCCCAGUCGCACCACCCAGCCUGCCUGUCCGCCAUGUGGAGGUUCCUCGCGCAUGCACGGAUGCCGUCGUUGCAACGCGCGCCAUGCUGGCCCACGGCCCUGUGAUUCGGCCGCAAAUUGCCCUUCUUCCUUUUCGUCGCCUGCAUCCACCAUGGUGAAUUGGUCCAUCAGCUCCCGAGCCGCCUGGCCGUCACAGUAGUGCCGUUCCUUCACAUCCCUUGGUCGCCGUAUAGCAUGCCACCGCUUCCUUGCCUGCACUCUAUGCCCCUCUUGGUACGCCUGCCCUCUUGCUCGCCUAGGCCG